UGCAUCAGCUCCAACCUGUUAUCAGCUGAUUCCUCUAUUAGCAAAUGGAGAAGUAUUUGGGAUGACCACAGAAAUCAGUAUCCAUUUGCUUGACACUGACAAGUUUAAGGACGUUCUUUGUGGUAUUGUGAUGGAAGCUGAAGACAUGGCAUUCCCACUCCUCCGCAGUAUUUCAGAGCACACUGAAAUAGAUGAGGCUUUUAUUCAAGCCGAUAUUAUCAUUGUUCUUGAUGAUGUCCUCUUAAAUCUUGAAGUCCAAUCUGUUGAGAACUACAUCAGAGAAGUGAGUGAGAUCUGUCAAGUUUAUGCUCCCCUGAUUGAGAAGAAUGCCAAGAGUGGGGUCAGAAUAAUUUCAUCAGGAAAAACCUUUGUAAAUCUUAAGGCAAUGAUGAUUAUGACGUAUGGCCCAUCCAUUAAGCCUGAAAAUGUCAUUGCCGUUGCAACAUCCUGGGAAUGUGCAGCUAAAGCCAUGCUGGCCAGGAAGCUGAAUAUGAACGCAGCAGGAGUUAAAGACGUGAUUGUUUGGGGCAAUAUUACUGGCUGCAACUACAUUGAUUUGUCACAUGCAAAACUUUAUGGAUAUGACUCUGCUAUUUGGGGCCCAGCUAAUUUUUCACGUCCUUUGUUGAAUAUGAUUUAUGAUAGUGAAUGGAUCCGUUCAGAAUUUCUAUCUGCACAAAGUUCACUGAGUUCCCACGUCUGUCAUUGUGUAGGAAUGUUACCUGCUCAUGGAGUAGCCACUGUUCUGAGAUACUGGUAUCAUGGUUCUCCUCCUGGGGAGAUCAUUUCUGUGGGAGUACUUACUAAAGAUCAAUUUUGUGUUCCUGAAGGAAUUGUCUUCUCUAUGCCAGUGAAGUUCCAGAACGGUAACUGGGAAGUCGUAACAGAAUUAGAAAUCAACGAAACAACCCAAGAAGUUCUGGGACGAUUAGCCCAUGAGCUGAUUCAGGAAAAGCUCAUUGCACUAAAGGAAAUAAAAGAAAUGGAUCUGUAUGGAGCUGAUAAAAUCACUAAUAAAAAAUACUUGUGUCAAG